AUGAUCGCCCGGCUCAUCACGAAUUUAUGCCUUUUCGCUGUCGUCACUGCCGAAUACCUGAGAUUCUUCAAUAUGCCGAUGUACUAUGUG